AUGGACGUGAGAAUCGCGGGAUUGGAUUCGCCACUCUUCUCCACACUGCAGCACAUCAUGGACUUCAACGACGAGCCUGAAAAAUCGUUCAACGCCCCCACCCGCACCUACGUCCGCGACGCCAAGGCCAUGGCCUCCACGCCGGCGGACGUCAAGGAGUAUCCCAACUCCUAUGUCUUCGUCGUGGACAUGCCAGGCCUCAAGUCCGGAGACAUUAAGGUCCAGGUGGAGGACGAUAAUGUGCUUCUGAUCUCCGGCGAGAGGAAGAGGGAGGAGGAGAAGGAGGGGGCUAAGUAUGUCAGGAUGGAGAGGAGGGUCGGCAAGUUUAUGAGGAAGUUUGUGCUGCCUGAGAAUGCCAAUGUGGAAGCCAUUUCUGCUGUUUGCCAAGAUGGGGUCCUGACUGUGACUGUGGAGAAGCUGCCUCCGCCUGAGCCAAAGAAGCCCAAGACCAUUGAGGUCAAGAUUGCUUGA